AUGUUGUUGGGACAGACGGACCCCUCAACGUGUUUACGGGGCUGCUUAAACCGGGAGACGGGCGCCAAGAGCGGAGCCUCUGCCACGGAAAGGGCCGCGGACCGGAAGCCCCUCAGGCCGCUCUGGCCUCGCGCGGCAGCCCCGCCCCCUCCAGGGGGCGUGUCGGCAGGCGGUCCCGCGUGGGGAUUGCCAUGGCGACGAGUCGCUAGGCGCCCGGCUCUUUCUCUCUCUCUCUCUUUCUCUCGUGUGUGGGAGCCGAGUUCAGAGCUCGCAGGGGGCCCGGAGCGAGAGGCGAGGAAGCCGAGGGCAGCCGGCAACAGGAGCAGGCGCAGGGUCCUCGCCCUCGAAGGUGAAGGGUGGGCUGGGAGGCAAAAAAGGGCGCCUCCUUGGGCGUUGAGCCGGAGCGGCUGCUUGGCCUGGCCUGCCCUCGAGGUGCAGGCGCCCAGACGGCACCGCCAGAGUCCUGCAAGCAGCGCUGGCCUGAGGACAAGGGCCAGGAGGAAGCCGCCCUGGCAGGCAGCGCCCUCCACCCCAGGCACCCUCCAGGAGGCCAGCCCCAAGGGCCUAAGGGGUGGCCAUGUCUCCUUGGAGCCCGCCCAUGGGCCGGGACUGUGGCCCUUGCCCCGCCAGUGGCCUCCCCUGGCUCUGAGGAUGGGCAGCGGGGGGUCCUCUGGCCGGGAGGAGCGGCUGCCUUCGUCGGCUGAGGAGCAGCUGAGCUGCGGGGACCAGAUGCUGGAGCUCUCGGGGCGCUACCUGAAAAGGUUGCCCAUCCCGGUGUGUUCCCUCAGCACCUUGCAGAAGCUGUACAUCAGUGGCACCGGCAUCACGGAGCUGCCCGAGGAGAUCGAGGGCCUGCAGGAGCUGCGCAUCCUGGCCCUGGACUUCAACAAGCUGGAGGAAGUGCCCGAAGCGCUGUGCCGCCUACCCCACCUGACCCGCCUCUACCUGGGCAGCAACCGCCUCUUUGGCCUGCCGGCGGAGUUCUACCAGCUCAAGACCCUCCGCUGUUUGUGGAUAGAGAGCAACUACUUGUACCGCUUUCCCCGGGCCUUGCUCCAGAUGCCUGGGCUACAGUCCCUGCAGAUGGGUGACAACCGGCUCAGAACGCUUCCCAAUGGCCUGCCACGCAUGAGAGGGCUUAGGGGACUCUGGCUGUAUGGGAACCGCUUCGAUGAAUUCCCAAAGCCUUUGCUUUGCAUGACCCAGCUUCACAUCAUGGACCUCGACCGCAACAAGCUGACGGAGCUUCCCGACUUGAGCCACCUGCGGAGACUUCGGCUCUUCUCCUAUGACCACAAUCCCGUGGAAGGCCCCCCGAAUGUGGCCGACAGUGUCGUGGUGGUGGGCGAGGGAGCCCAGGAGUUUAUGGAGGCCCGGGAGGAAAGGCUCCAGGCCCUUCGGGAGCAGGAAGCAGAAGAGCAGGAGGAGAUAGAGUCUGAAGUUCUGCAAACCAACCUGAAAAAUGACUCUUCCAUGUUGGAUGAUGGGGAGGGCAGCUUUUCGGCUCUGGAAUGCUCUCCAGAAGAGACAUGAAGCAGGACACACAGCGUGGUUGUUGCUAAAAAUAAACCUCAUAGAUAUUGAUAGGCUUCUGAAUAUACACAUACCUUUCAAAGAAUUGAGGGCUGGACACUGUCAGUGGACUCAGAAACCGUGGUUUUGGAGGCGGGAUCUCGAGCAAUUCUUGAAUAUGGCAGUUGCCAGCCUAUUGCAAAGAACACAGGAUGGCAAAUCCCAGCUCACACCAUUGUACUGAACUAUGGAUAUCUUCAUUCCUUGUGAACAGCCUUCCUAAUUCUAGGAUAUGAGGGAUGGAGUGGGUGACAUGGAUGAGAUGUUUGCACAGUGGAUAAUUCCAUUGUAUAUUGUCUUUGAAACGGUUGUCCCCAACUGAAGGCAUGGAUAAUGGUCACAUUGUGCUAAAAGCAGAGUAUCAAAUAGAUAUUACUUUUGUGGCAGGCAGUUAAGUGUGGGUGAUUCCACCUCUGGAGUGUUACAGUGAGUCUCAGCAACAAGACAGGAUAAAGCCAUCAUGUUUAUUUAUUUACCCCUAUCCUCAGGUGUUGGCUGGGAAAGAGGGGAGUUGCUGAGCUGAGAGUGUGAAUGUAAAAUCUUAUUUUGUCCCAUGAAUCUUAACCUACUACUGGAAUUAGACUUGGAGAAAAGCUUACCCUGACUGCUCCUUCCAGCUGUCACGUUUGAACUCUUGUUUGUGCAGUGCUCAAUCCAUCCCAGAAAGUGGUUUGCCUGCGCUCUUUGUAUGGUGGGAAAAGAGCUGUGCCUGCUGCUACGCUGCUUUCCUGGACUUUCAAUUCCCUUAAAAGGGCACAGAAUCAAAAGUGAUGUGACCUGGGCCAUUGCAGACUCGUGUGGAUCGUAGAUAGAAGAGUUGCAGCCGCUGGACUUUUCCCUGUUUUGCAGGGUGGCAAGUUCAUUCUGGUGUGGGACUCUCUGGCUAGAUUUAUAUUAAAUCUAAGCAAUAAAAGCACAGAAAGUGGAGUGAGAGGGCUGAAGUGGGCACAGGACACAAAUUCUCAGGGAGAUUGCUGGAGAAGCGGGAGACCAAAGCUGCUGGGUGGGCUGGGGCUAUUUUUAAAGAGUGUUGUAAAUGAAAUUAUAACACCUGGUGAAAGCAAACAAGUUUAUCUGGCAUUUGUGUUAUUUAUAAAAUCCUCUUUUUUGCUGA